UGGCUGCUAUGUAAUAUGUAUGUCUGCAGAGCAGGGGCCGCUCUCUCUUUUCCCAGGAUGGUGGCGGAGGGGGAGCCCGGGAGCCUGGUGAAGGUGGUCUACCUCCUGGUGCUGGCGGCCUCGUGGGGCAUGCAGUGCUGGGUGACCUUUGUAGCAGGCUUUGUGAUGAUCAGGGGGGUCCCCCGGCAUACAUUUGGAUUAGUGCAGAGUAAGCUGUUCCCGUUUUAUGGUCACAUCGUCAUGUGCAUCUCCUUCCUGAACCUGACCAUAUACGCAUCGUAUCAUCCGCGGGAGCUGUUGUCCACCUCUGAGAGUCUGCAGAUCGCUCUCUUCUUCAUCUCACUUAUUCUAUCUGCACUCAACGCUCGGUGGUUCUCCCCAGCCAUAACCAAAGCCAUGUUUAAGAUGCAGGAAAUAGAGCGUGAGCACGGCCUGGGAGGAGAGAUCGGGCUGAAGGCCAACAUUGAGGGGUACAAGCUUCUGCGGGAGAAGGACCCCAAAUACCUAGCCCUGCGCAAAACCUUCUUUCGCUACCACGGCAUCUCCUCUCUCUGCAAUUUGGUGUCACUGCUGUGUAAUGGCGCUAACCUUGUAUUUACUGCCCUACUUCUUCCCACAGUAUAAGGCGUCUGCAGGAACUUCCAAAAGCCCACGGACCAGCAAUCAUGCCAGCCCCACUUUCAUAAUUCCAGUUCAUUUUUUUGUUAAUUGAUGUGAAUUCCCUGCUUGUAAAUUUCUAAUGAAUAAAAUGUGAUAUUUUCAUGAAACACUAAGAUGAAA